AUGGCACCCUCACUCGAUAGACUGUCGACCCAGACAGUCCUCCGAACACCAACGGAGCGCACGCUUCGAUUCACAGAGAAUGGCACCUUCCACAUCUCCGUCUUUGAGGAUCUACACUUCGCCGAGGACGACAAAAAAGAUGCAAAAUCAACAGAAGUCAUGUCAUACAUCCUGGCAAAAGAACAAAUCGACUUCGUAGUCCUAAAUGGAGACCUUGUAUCAGGCGAGCGGACCCAAAAAGCCGACAGCAAGAAAUAUGUCGACAGAGUCGUGUCCCCGCUGCUAUACGGCGGAUACAAAUGGGCCUCGACGUACGGCAACCACGACAGCGAGGUCAAUCUCGACCCGAAGAAGGACAUGUUCGAAGCCGAGACGCGCCAUGCGAACAGUCUAACUGAAAGCAGGGUCUCCGGCCCCAAAGCGGGGAUCACGAAUUACUACCUGCCGGUCUUUUCGCACCGUGCUGCGCCGACGGACAAACCGGCGCUUAUUCUUUGGUUCUUCGAUUCGAAGGGCGGUCACUACUAUCAGCCCGAGGGGCAAGGGGGGCCGUCCGUCAAGAGGCCUAGUUGGAUUGAUGAGUCGGUUGUGGAUUGGUUCACGGAGACAGAGUCUGCGAUCAAGGCAAAAUGGGGAGUCAUCCCCUCGCUGGCCUUUUACCAUAUCCCGGCCCAUGCAAUGCUGGAAUAUCAACGCAAGGAUCGCGUGGAUCCGCACCGGAACCCGGGGGUUAAUCGUGAACGGGUUAACCCCCAGGGGACCGGCGACUGGAGCUAUGAUAGACAGGAUGUCAAGUUCAUGAAGGCGCUUCUUGAAACGGAGGGAUUGAUUGCUGGGUUUAGUGGUCAUGAUCAUCAGAAUGAUUGGUGUUUCAAGUGGGACGGCACCUUAGUCGACCAUGAUUUAACCGGAAAUGGCAUGAACAUGUGCUACGGCCGACACACAGGAUACGGAGGCUACGGUGAUCUAACGCGUGGCGGGCGUCAAAUCCUGCUGAAUGAAACGAAUCUAAAGGAAGAAAUCGAGACAUGGAUCCGGUUGGAGGAUGGAUCCAUUUCUGCGCAUGUCACGUUGAACUCGACCUAUGGUCAGGAUCCGUAUCAGGCUGUCUCGAAUGCUGGUUCGACGCGGCCCAGUGUACAUUCGGAGGGAUCGGUGCUUUCGCUUUUCUGGAUGUUCAUUCCUUUGGCUAAGCUUUUCCGUUGGUAG